UAGAGCCUAAACACAAGAUAGUGGUCCACUCUGCUGGAGCAUACACACUCUAUAACAUUCAUCCUUACAACCACACACACACACACACACACACACACACACACACACACACACACACACACUGCAAAGAGGACAUGACACACUAUGUUGUACUGGAUGGACCGGCACCAUGGGGAUUUCGGCUGAUUGGAGGAAAGGAUUUCAACCAACCUCUUAUUAUCGCCAAGAUUCCAUGCAUCCAAGAGGUUCAAGACAAGACCUUCAUUUCAGAUAUCUCCAGGCAGCAAAGCCUCUAUGGUAGACCUUUCUCCUGGUGACAUCAUUCUGGCUAUAGAUGGCAUCUGCACCGACAACAUGAUGCACUGUGAAGCUCAGAAUCGCAUGAAGCAGGCCACACGACAGCUCCGAUUAACCAUCCAAAGGCCAGAAACCAAACUGUGGUCACCUCGGGUCAAAGAAGGUGACAGAGCGCAUCCAUUUAAACUGAACCUGGAGGCAGAGAGACAGGAGUACAGACCAAUCGGGACGGGUCAUAACCGACGGGCCACACCCUUCGUGGCGGCGGCUAACAUUGACGACAAGCGGCAGGUGGUCAGCUCUGCUUACAACUCUCCCAUCGGUCUUUAUUCUUCAGGCAAUAUCCAGGAUGCUUUACACGGUCAGCUCAGGAGCCUGAUACAGAGCAAGCCGGAGAGUCCCAAGAGGCUCACGUCUAUAGAAGAAUCCGAUGUGUACCGCAUGCUACAGAGGGAAGAAGGAGAAAAGGAACCUCAUGAACCCCGCCAAUCAGGAUCCUUCAAAGCCUUGCAGGACUACAUUGAUAAUGAAGGAACGAUUCCCGUGGUGACGAAGGCAGUGCAGGCGCCCGUCAUGAAGCCUCUCUCUCCUGGAGGAAACCUGCACAAACUUCCCAUGUGUGACAAGUGCGGGAACGGCAUAGUUGGGAUGGUUGUAAAAGUUCAUGAGAAGUAUCGGCACCCUGGCUGUUUUGUCUGCUCGGACUGUGAGGAGAACCUGAAGCAAAAAGGCUACUAUAUCAUAGACGACGAGAUCUACUGCGAAACUCACGCACACGCUCGUGCAAAACCACCCGAAAGUCCAGACCUGUAGAUUUCACACACACACACACACACACACACACACACACACACACACACACACACACACACCACACAGAAAGUUAUACCUCACUUGCAGUGCACUCAACUAGAGAGAGACAUUCACAACCAGCACAGAGAUUUAUUGAUCAAUUUGUUGGUUUGGUUUUGGUGUUCGCACCAUGUUUUAAACACACUGUAGAAAUAAACUAUUUUUGGAAGAAAUUUCAAUAAAAUGAAAUGGAUGCCUG